AUGCUCGGAGCUACCGCACCCGCCUUCACCCUGUACGCUCUACAGGUGAGCGCCGGCGGGGCGGGGGUCGGCGCCGCACAAAACGGCGCCGUAGCUCCACGAGUCGGCGCUGCACCUGCGCAGGGCGGCUCCGCCCGGGUGGAGUACAACAAGGACGAAUACUACAACCGCUGCAAGGCCGUCCUCAAGGAGCCGGGCCCAAGGGCAACUACUGGGGCUCGCCCUACCCCGUGUAUACCCUGCCCGGCAAGGAGGCUCAGUUCCAGGUGCCGGGCUGCUACCACUUCAUCGUCAAGCCCAGCAAGGAUUGCACGAGCUACGAGAUGA